AUGCCCCUCACUUCAGCAGCGGACUGUGUCGAUCCACCGCUCGUCGAUCGGACAUGGACGAGAGUCGAGCGACUCGAACCUCGCGAACAUCAAGUCAAUGACGCCGAUGAUAGUGAUGAGUGGGAGCAAGAUGAGGUAUGUCCCUCUGAUGCUAAUCUCACCUUCCUCGUUAGCUCAAUCAUUGUCCAUCUGCGUGUUACAGGUGACGUACCUGACGCUCGACUUUGGGGCCAAGUUGGCCGUCGAGACGCUCAACCAGGAACGAGGGCACAUACAAUUGCUCGUAAGGCCACACUCGUUUUAUUUCAUGCAAAGUCCAUCUGGCCUGGAUGCUGAAUCCGUUGUGCUACCUAUUCCCGUACCAAUGAGCAGGGCCUCGAAUCCUCAACUCCUUACGCCCGCGUCGGUCCUCAGUUCUACCAAGGCCAACACGAGACUUUGAUUGGCGAUCAAGUGCUCUUGCAACACCAUCGUGGGUCCUUUGCACGUAAACACAAACUAUCAACUAAGCGCUCUCUCGAAAGCUCACUUUGCAUUUUUCAUCACCACACCACACCACACCCCCCCUCACAGCCGAAACCGAAACUUCCCCCUCUCACUACGCCCCCCUGCCCAGCACGUCCACCUCCCGAAUUUACUUCCGUCCCGUUUCCAUAAGACCCAAAGAAGACCCAGUACCCGUCGCCGACCCCACGACUCGCACUUCCCCCAUCCCAGCUUCCCUCUUGACGACCGGCAAGCUCAAAUUCAAAUCGCGCGUCGCCCCGCGAGCCGAAAAUGCUCCACCCAAAGUCGCCAAAGUGAAGAAAAAGCCUGGACGGCCUAAAGGUUCCAAGAACAAGUACAAGAAGGGACAAUGGGCCGAUGAGGAUGAUGCGGAGGAUGCUAAUGAUGGGGAAGGGAUGUUGCCGGCUUUACCGACUUUGGAGAUGGAGGAUCCCGAAGAAUUGGAGGGACGCUCUUCGUUGCAGGGGAGAAGGUCACCCACACCACCACCACCACCGCCGCCGCCGCCGCCGCCGAAAAGAAGGGGUCGCCCACCCAAACCCAAGGAUCCUAAUGCACCUCCAACAGUAGCAAAGAAAGCAAAGGCGCCCGCGAAGAGGAGGGUCAAACGCGUCGAAUCGGACGCUAGUUUGGAUAGUAGUGACUUUUGGGAAGGAGGAAGGAUGGAUGUCGAUGAGGCGAGUGAAGAGGAGUAUGUCCGUUCCAAUGUGGACACCUCUUCGAAUGCCGCUGCUGGAGAGAGUACACGACGAGUGCCGAGGAGGUCCGCUGCUACAGCGGCUGCGGCAGCUGUGGCGGGUGGGGAGAAGCUUGUCAUUAGCGAUGAUGAUGAGGACGAGGCUUGA